UGGCGGUGUGGUGGACCAGCCUUCUACCUCCAGCAUAUCCUUGGUCCUCACCAGUCCACAGCCACGGCCUCACCAAUCCAAUAAAUCCCCAAGGAAGUCCUUAUCUGGCAGUUACCUUGCUUUCCCUGUGAUCAGGGAGAGGCUCUCACUAUCUCCAGAUGAUUGUGAAACUGAGAUACUUCAAAUGGACACAAGCAUUUCCUCAGUCAUUGAGGAUGACCCAAAAGACAUGAGCUUCAGCCUCAGUCAACAGUCAAGUUCAAGUGAAACCUCCAGUUCAAGUGCCUCAGAAGAGCAAGGGGAGUGGGAUGAAAGAAAAUGGAUUGUGAACGAGUCUAGCAUCAUGCAACUGUUUAGAACAUGCCAUAUAUGUGCCGCACAAAUCACUGAUAAAAAAGUGACAACUACAGGCAGCCAACUAAAGAUUGAAUGGACAUGUUUGAAUAGUCAUCAUGGCAAGUGGGCAUCAUGUCCUGAUGCAAGAGGAAUGGCACAGAAUAACUUGCUUGUUUCUGCUGCUACGCUUUUCUCUGGAACAACUUUCACUGAAGUACACGAGUGGGCCAGCAUCCUAAACUUGCAACUCUUGAAGAAAUCGCAGUACUACUCCAUCCAAUCCGACUACCUUAUUCCAGUAGUACACUUUGCAUACAAGGAUCAUCAUGAGAAUCUCAUUAGGCGACUUAUUAGACAAAAGGCUGAAGGCGAGUCCAUAGAGCUGUGUGGAGAUGCCAGGUCUGACUCACCAGGCUACAGCUGCAAGUAUUCCACCUAUUCGUUUCAGCUUCUAUCCAGUAAUGAGAUCAUUCACUUUCAACUACUACAGGUAACGGAAGCUAGCAGUUCAGUUGCCAUGGAGUCCCAAGGCUGUAGGAGGGGCCUCAACCAUCUCAUUUUCAAUGAAGGAGUAGAUAUAGACCUCAUCACUACAGACCGGGCCACAUCAGUUCGGAAAAUAAUGAGGGAGGAAUUCCAGAAUGUUCACCAUGAAUUUGAUCCUUGGCAUGUAUCAAAAGGUAAAUAGUUGUAUCAAAACAAUGUAAAUUGUGAUUGACUCAAUGACUCAUCAAAUCAUAACCUGAUAGACCUUCCAUGUAUCAAGACCACAUAUCUUGUACUGUGAAGGAGAACCUUCACAUUUGGCUCACCCACAUUUGUGGUAAUG